AUGCUGCUCCUCACCCUCUCCUGUUUAGCUUCCCUGACCAGCAGUGUCCAGGCAGGCUGUGGCCUCCGACCAUCCUACGAGUCCUUCCAGAGCACUGGCAAGAGGAUUGGGACAGGGACAGACGUCACCCCUGGGGAAUUCCCGUGGCACGUGAGCAUCCAGAGCCACGGGAAGCACAUCUGUGGAGGCACCAUCAUCAGUGCCCUGUGGAUUUUGACUGCAGCACACUGCUUUGCAGAUGAGCUGCCACCAGAUCUGACGGUGGCAGUGGGGGGAGUGAACCUCAGCCUCCCUCUGGAAGAGUGCAACCCAGACAGCCUGAUCCUGCACGAGGAGUUCAACAGAACCAGCCUGCAGAAUGACAUUGCCCUCAUCCUGCUCAGCAACCCCAUCGAGUUCAGCACGGAGAAGAUUCCCGUCUGCCUGCCCUUCGUGUGUGACAGGGACACGUGGCAGCACUGCUGGGCUUCUGGCUGGGAGAGCGCCAGUGCAGCAUCCCCUGUGCUGCAGAAAACAAGGGUGAAGCUGAUCAGCAGGGAGAAAUGCCUGAAGCACAUCCCACACCUCGUGGAGGGCACGAUGUGUGCUGAGACAGAGCAAGGAGAAGGACAAAAAGGAGGAGGAGGAGGCUGCCAGGUGGACAGCGGAGGUCCUCUGGUCUGCAGCUACUGGGACACCAUGAAGUGGUUCCAGGUCGGCAUCAUCAGUGGAGGAAACCCAAACCACAGGAUUUUGACACCUGUUUUCAGCUACCAGGACUGGAUUGAGAAGGAAACAGCCAUAAGGGGAAAGCCUUUCUUCACUGAGGGUGUGGACAGUGGAACACAUGUCAGGGUUGCUCGUUCCAGGGCUGGGACACAGGUGGUGUUUCUGGGGUAUUGUCUCCUUUUAUUCAUCUUUUUAAUAGCAAUUAAAUUACUCUGA